AUGGAGUUUUUGGAGAAAGUGGAUUUUGGUGCUGUGGGUGUUGGGGAAGGCGUUGGUAUUGUUAGCACCAGGAACCUCGCCCCAAUCUCAACGAUGCGCACUACACUUCCGCCAGACAUGCCUGUAGACGCACCCGGUAGCCUCCGCAGACGCGUAGAACAUGGUGUCGACGCCAUCGCAGGGUCCACUAUCAAAGUCAUCUCCGGCGUCGUUGACAGCUCAUUUAACGCCAUCUUUGCCCUGACCUUGAGAUUCACAUCUGCUCCCAUCGGAGACCAGUCACGGGUGGUGGAACAUGGGGCUGUUGAAGUGAGAGAGUGGGUUCUCGCCGAUAGCGAGUUUGGGGAUGACAGGGAAUGGGAAGGGAGAGGAUGGGCAGGGCAGGGCGAGCUCGUGGAGCUGAAGAAGAAGAACAUGUCCAUGAUGCAAGAAGUCUUUGAAGCUUCGAGAGAAUGA